CUUUCCAGGAACCCGUCAGGAAGAAGAAAAACAAAACAAACCGAGAGAGACUCAACAGCGUGUGGACUCCAUUGAAAAGGGAACCCUAUUAUCUCCAACACGAGACGCUACACGAGGUCCAACACCGAGCGAGACGUAUGCGUGGGCGUCCUUAAAGCCCCGAAGCAUACACAGAACCACACGAGACGACAGCAGACCAGACCGGACCAGGUCGAACCCAUUCUACUCGCCCGCUUCCCUCUCCCCCCCCCCCUCCCCCUCAGCCUCCCGGGCUGCACCCGCCGGCGUCAUUUGUGAUCGUCUCCUUGAGCAGUAAUUUAUUGUGCUGACUGGACGACCUCACACCACUGGGACUGGACAGGAGACCCAGAGGUUCCCGCCGCUGGAGCUCUAAGCUGUGCCUGGCAAUGCCUCAGCCCAGCGUCAGUGGGAUGGAGCCUCCCUUUGGGGAUGCCUUUCAGAACUACUCGUUUGCUGACCAGGCCCUGACCAGCACAGAGCUGCUCGCCACCAGCUCUGACCCAGAUUUCAUGUACGAAUUGGACAGAGACAUGACCCACCGGCAGAGUCCAUGCGGGGACAGCGUCGUGGGGAUCGGGGACGGAGGCAAAGAGGUGGAGGGUUGCGUGGAUCAGCUCAUGGGUCUGGGCGAAUGUGAGACGGUCUGCAGCAGCUCAGCUUUCGAACAGUGGGACACCUACUGGGAGGACCUCACCAGAUACACACGGCUGGCCAGCUGUGACAUCUGGGGAACCAAAGAGGUGGACUUUCUUGGACUGGACGACUUCUCCAGCCCCUACCAGGACGAGGAAGUCAUUGGCCGAACUCCGACGCUGGCUCAGCUCAACAGCGAGGACUCACAGCCGGUGUGCGAAGCGCUCUGCACCCCCGCUGACCUGAGCGCGCCUGCGCCGCUCGCUCAGUCUCAGCCGCCCCAGUUUCCCUGUUACAGUAAGAGGUUCCUGGUCCCCGGCCAGGGAUCGGGUCCCAGCUCUGUGCGGCCUUCCCUGGGGUCCGCGUCUUCUUCCCGACCUUCCCGCAGCCUUCUCCCGGACUUCCCCGAAGGCUCCCAAAAAGCCACCAGACCAGUGCCCUCCAGCACCGAGACCAUGUCAAAGACCCAGAACUCCAUCAGUCUCACCCAAGACCACGGACAAGCUCAGAUCAAGCUCCUGGGGCGAGGCGCCAAGAUGGCCGCCCCGGCUUCUCACAACUCUGACUUUGUGCGGAAGGCUAAGGUCCGCGUGAGUGCCGUGCAUAAAGCCCAAGUUGACGUGCCCCCCCAGACGGAUUUUGAGCGGUCGGAGCCUCCGGCGCCUCUGCCCCCGCCACAAGAAGAGAAGGCCUCCACCUCGACCUUGGUGGAGCUUCCCGGCGCCGCAGCCGGCAGCUCCGGCUUCGAGAGGAUGGCGGAGGGGUCGAGGAGGAGAGAGAUGCCCGCGGGCUGGUCCGCCACCGUGCCUCAUCUGGUUGAGCCCAGUCAAGCUCUGGAGGGCAGCCCCUCCGGACUGGUCAGCAGUGACGUCGUGGCGGGGGCCAGCGGCGGCGCCAGCAGCGGCGGCGGCGUUGUUAGCGGCGGCGUUGGCGUUCUGGUCGUCUCCAGCGCGGAGAAGACCAAGGAGGAGGAACACAACUACUCUCAGUUCCUGACCCGCAGCAGACUGGCCAGCAGAGCCCACUCCCUGCUGGAGGAGGACGAGGAGGACGAGGAGGACGAGGAGGAAGCGGACGAGGAAGAGGGCGACGGGCUGGAUCUGGACGACGAAGACCACGACGAGGGCUUUGGCAGCGAGCACGAGCUGUCUGAGAAUGAGGAGGAGGAGGAAGAGGAGGAGGAGGAGGAGGAGGAUGAAGAUUAUGAAGCUGACAAAGACGACGACAUGAGUGAUGCCUUCUCUGAGCCAGGCUGUGACAUGGAGCUGAUGGAGGACAUCAAAGGCCUGACAGCAGGAGUCUCCAGCCGGAAGAGAGGAAAGCGCCGCUACUUCUGGGAGUACAGCGAGCAGCUCACCCCCUCCAAGCAGGAGCGUAUGCUGAAGCCGUCUGAGUGGGACAGACACACGCUGCCUAGCAACCUGUACCAGAAGAACGGGCCUCUCCACGGUAAAUACAUGCUGAAGAAGUCUCGCCGCACGGACGUCGAAGACCUGACUCCUAAUCCGCGCAAGUUGCUGCAGAUCGGCACCGAGCUCCGCAAACUGAACAAGGUCAUCAGCGACUUGACUCCGGUUAGUGAGCUGCCGCUGACGGCGCGACCACGGUCCCGCAAGGAAAAGAACAAGCUGGCGUCCAGAGCUUGUCGUUUAAAAAAGAAGGCCCAGUAUGAAGCGAACAAGGUGAAGCUUUGGGGACUCAGCACAGAGUAUGAUCGGCUGCUGUAUGUGAUCAACGCCAUCAAGGAAGAGAUCGUGGUGCGAGUGGAGGACUCGUCUCCCCGUCCGACCAACAUGACCGACACUCUGGAGCGCCUCAUCCAGGAGACACUCGUGCCGUCGCCUGUCGCCGGGCAGACUUCCGACUUCGUGAACAAGAUCUUGGAGAACACGGGACGGGGCGACCCCACCGGCGGACUGGUCGGUCUGCGAGUCCCGACCUCCAAAAUCUAGACACACCAGAGUCCACUGAGAGGAGUGGACUAAAUAUUACCACCGUGCUGUCCCAUUGUAACUACGCACCCCCUCUGCAUGCCCCUCCAACCCAGAGUAAAUACACGUUGUUAGCCACACAAACGCACAUACCACUCCCUUGUGUGUAUGUAUGUGUGCUUGUUUCUGCCAUGCACACGUAUGGCACACAUCCUAGCUUUCUGACUCUGCAUGCCGCGUGCAGAGUCAGCGCGUCACUGUCUCCCAACCCAUCGUGAACGUCUGUUGGGAACUUCUAAAAGGCAAGUGAUGGUUAGGUGUAUAGCUAAUAGCACGUCCUAAAUCCACUGGUGAUUAUUAGAUGUGUGUAACAUAGCAUUGUGUAGGGUUGGUUAUGUCGGAGGUCGGCUACAAGGGCUGAGAGAGACGGUCACAUGAGUGUAACCACUGGAAUACUUUCUGUUUGAGGUAGUGAUGACAGGAAUAAUUGUUACACAUCAGACACCCUCAAGGGUUAGGAGAGGAUUUUAGAAGAAAAAAAAAAAAGAAGUUCCAGUCAUAAUUUCUAAGAAAUUCAACUCUCAUAGCAUCGAAAAUGAACUAUGCGAUGUUAAAUUAACCGAUUCAAAUAAGCACUUUGAUGAGAACGGCUUUGGAAGCCGGGAGAGCUGCAGAAAAGAGCUCCAAGGCUUCCAAGGCUUCAUGGGGUGGUGGCAGGAAAUAUUUUGUAUUGAAGGCCUAAAUAUGUUCAUGCCAUCCCCUGUUUGCCAAUCAGCUCCAGAUGUUGUAAAAAAAAAAAAUGGAGGAUGUAUCUUUUUGGUGGAGAGAAAAAAGAAAAAAAAAGAAGCAUUAUAAGACGAAAAGUCGUAAACGGGGGUGGUUGAAACCGACGUCCUGCUGGUUGGAGGCGUGCGGCCGGCAGGAGAGAGCUAAUUUUGAUGAUGUUACAGUUAAAAGAAAACGAAAAAAAAAACAACAACAACAACAAACAAAACACCGAAGGUAGCUGACCAUGUGGAGAGGAAGCGCAUGUAGCAUGGUGCUUUUUUUGGCCUUGUGCUGGUUAUAUAACUGGACUGGGUGGGACGGACAUUUUGCCAGCGUGGGAACAGACAGACUGUGAGGAAGAUGAUGGUGGUGGUGGUGGUGGUGGUUGUGAAGAAGAUCUCCUCUAGGAAAGCUGUAUAUAAACGUGUCUCCCAGCGAACGGCACCGGCUCCCCCCUUUUUUGUACAGUAGGGAUGACCAGGCAGUUUGGUGUGUUCAUACUAGUGUUUGAUCAGAGUUCUAUUCAUUGUGCCUUGUUGUACGUAUGUGUGUGUUUCUGUAAGUCUGAGUGAGUGUGUGUGUGAGAGAGGGACUGAACGAAAAGAGGCGACUGGUCGGCGCUCGCUCCCUCGUGUCCAGCCUAGCGGAAGGACUACUUUACGUUGAGGGACACACUUGUUGAGGUUUGAUGUGUAUUUCAGUUGUUUCAAGAUAUUCUGAAUGUACAUAUACAAAUGGAAGCUCUUUUUGCGUGAUGCCACAGAGUCUGUGUAUAUAGGAGGGCUCUGCAAUAGCUUACUUUCGGUUUUUGGUACUCUUUGUCUUUGGGGAUCUGGGGCGAGGGGUCAACAGAUAUAUUAUUCGUUUAGAGUUACAAAAAAUAUUUGCACACUAUAUUUUGAUUGUUUUUUGUACCAAAGACACAUGCAACGAAAUGGCGACCAGCCAGUUAAAGUAAGGUUUUGCACAGCUUACCUGACGCCGUAUUGAAUGUAAGAAAUGUGGGAGGGUCAGGGAACUUCAUAGAACUGUGAAAUUAGCGUGGGUCCAAUUCUGUACAGAAAAGGAACAUUUGUUUGUUUGUUUUUUUUGUUUUUUUUUUAAAGCUAAAAGUUAACCACGUCUGUGGGCUUCUCCAGUAGAUUUGUUGCGUAGGAAGCACUUCAUUCCUGAUCUGAUUCCUCCCUCCACGUGCUAAUUGUGUUAAUGGCGCUAUCUAGGACAAAAAAAAAAAAAAAACCCAGAGCGCUAGUAGAUAAGCUAUGUUACAUUUUUGCUUGUUUGUCAAAAUGUCACCAACAGUAACCAAAAUGUUAUGUUCCUGUGUCACUUGUUUGAUUUUUUCUGUAUGUAGACGAGGUCUAGUUCAUAAGCAAAAUAGUAACUGAACUGUGUUUAAAGUACUGUAUAUAGAUACAUUAAUGAUAUAUCUAUCAAUGGUGAAAUGCCACUUUUCAUGACAAUUGAUUCAUUUUUAAGCAUGACACAUUUCUAAAGCCUAUCCUUGCAUCGAGAACGUUAGAGGAAAAAAAAAAACAACAAAACACAAAAACCAAAAAAAAAAAAAAGUUCUUGUUAUAUUUUUGUAUUUUAGCUGCCUGCUAGUUUUCCUGUUGGCUCGGAGAUGGAGAAAUGUGGACGGAAACAGGAGAGAAUUUUAAAAAUGCAAAUCUGAUAGCGUGACCCCUCUGUUCUCAUUUGCUGGCUGAGUGAAAUACAGAGAGUCGGGACUGGAUUUAUCGAAAAUCACAACGAAGCCUUUGUCUAGUUAGACUGGUUUAUGGAGAGAAUGAGGACGUGUUGUCUUCAGCGAAGGGCAGGGAAAAGCUCAACGGCACAGAGAUGGAACCAGCCGCAGAUGCUGUUCAGAAAGCCAAAGUCAUUUGAAUCUGUUGCGGACUGAUUUGGAUUCAGCACUUUACUCCGUCACUUAGAUUUCCACUUGUAUUCUCCUGGGACCGGCAUUGCUGCCUUUGAGGGUGCGUUGCUGAAUUUAAUUUGUGGCUCGCCUCGCCUUCAUUCUUACGUCCUUCCUGCGUCAAACAAUAACUUUGUUCAUCAAAAAAAAAAAAAAAAGGAAAAAAAAAAGCAGUUGCCGUGUUCAGGCCAUGAAAAAAACAAAAAAGUCUAAUGCAUUGUGUCCUUGUUGCCUCCUCAGAGGAAACGCUGCCCUUCCCAGAAAUUUUUGGGAUUCCUUCUGUUAGCAGGCAAAUAAACGAGAUCGAUGAGGCUGAAUUCAGGUUAGUUUGUAACGAAGAAAGUUUUCCUUCGCAGAAAGACGCUGAUAGUAGAGUUGUCGUCUUUCUGCAUUGUGUGAUUACAUAACAGCCAGAGUUACACACACGCGCGCGCACACACACACACACACACAUAUAUAUAAAUAUAUAUAUAUUUUUACUGUUUUUUUGUUCUGUCUAAAAAGGGAGAAAUGGUGCUUUUACUGAAACUAGAACGACAAGUAUCCAUGAUUCUUAUUUGACUUUCUUAGACUAGUUGUAGCCUAAUGACUCGCUCUCUCCCCUACCGUCCAUAGCUAUUUUCUUAGUAGUGAUUCAUUUUUGUAAAUAAUACUUUAAGUUAAUAAGUAUCUUAUAAAUGUUAGAUAUAUGUAUAGAAUACUCUAUCUUAUAUGUUUAAAAAACAAAAGCACUUUGUCCAAAAAAGAAAAAAAGAAAAAAAACAAAACAAAAAGAAAAAGCAUUUUUUUCUUCCAUUUGCUGCUAAAUGGCCUGGUGUGAAUGCUGCAAGUGUACUUGAUGACUUCUUGCUAGGAUAGGUCUAUUACCUGACUUGGCUCUGUCUAUUAACUAGCAAGGAGCAGGUGUUUUGUCCUGACGAGGGUUAGAUCUCCGUGUUUCCGGAGCCAGGAAAUGAUAUGAGUUGUCGCGUGAGAGCGUAUCAUUGCUUGGCUUUGGGAAGCCCAGCGUCUCGACAGGACGGGUCUAUUUCCUGGUCAGGGACUGCGUGGUGGUGUGUUUGAGGUCUUAAAAAUAAGAGGGUUUUGAUUCCAGGGCCCCUACUUUGAUCCUGAUGCUGACCCCCUUGGCGUCACGACUCAUUUGCCUUCAGUAGAGGUUUCCUAUGGAAAAACUAAUUCUGCUUUGGCUUCCUCUUCAGGGUGAUGUACAGUGUAGACACAUUUCUUCAGAGAGCUAUAUUGUUAUCAUUUGUAAACUGAUUUCUACUUGUGACUUAAUGAGGAGGGGUGUAGCCUGGGGCGGCCAGGAAGAGCUUGUUUGGAAGACGUUCCCGGCCGCCUUAGGGGAAGUUACUAUAUCACUGUACUGUAUGGCAAGCCAAUUACAAAUGGAGACUCAAUCCGGACACUUAUUGCCUUCUUAAAUAACAUACACACAAAGAAAAAUAACAACAUGGCAGACAUGUCUUUUGCCAAGAGGCCUGUCCCAGGCUCCUGACAUUGCUCUGCCAAUCUGGUAAACAACAACAACAAUAACAACAACAUUCAGCCUGAUUGGCUCAAAACAACCUUGACUGAAGUAGCAGACGUGGUGAAACGUGUCUGAAAAAUGGCUUCAGACGUUCCAAGUUGCGGCGUCAUCUGAAGCGUUUCUUUUCAGCUGUGGUUUCGUCCAGGUCUGGUCGGGGGUCAACAUAUGUUAAAGGGCCGCAGGUCGACGGCCGACCGACAAGAGAAAGCGUGUGUGUUUUGCUGUUGAUCACUAGGCUGGUGCAAGAGAGAGUCCUCACAGGUUUUUACAUUUAACGAGAUAGGCGCAAGCUGUGCAACUUUACAUUCAAACCAGGAGACUCUGUGGCAUUUUAACAGUCAAGGAAAUGAGUGAAAAUCUACGCCAGUAAAAAUAUUCCUUAUUCUUUUUUUUUUUAUUAUUAUUAUUAUUAUUUCUAAUGACAUGAAUCCUAUACAGUCAACUAUUAAGCUAAUAGAGUGUGUAACUUUGUGCUACUCUUGUCCAAUAAAAGCUACGUGGAUCCAUAAAGCUCUUCUUCAGCAAAUCAGGGUAAUAUCGUUCUUCUAUCUGACGUAUGUGAUGACAUAGAAAAUCAAAAGAAAGUAUAUUUAUGUAUUCCAAUUAUUGUCGCCAUUCUUUACUCUGUACAAAAUAUUGUGUGUGCGUGUGUGUUAUGAAUUAUUAAUGUCAAUCAAUAUGGUGCAAUGCUCUAUACACAAAGUAAAAACAAAAGGCCAACCAACUUGUCACGAGAAUAUUCACAGAACUCCUCCAGUUUCUCCAAAUUGUUCUUCAAACGUACACAAUCUGCAACAUCUUCCGCUCUCUAAGGAUUUGACUGAUUUCCAGCUGUGUUCUAACUGGGGUUUGUCACAUGGUGCUGACUACUUAUCUUACAUUAUCUAAGAAAUGUUAAAAGUGCAUCCGUAUUCAGAUCCACUCACAAAUGACACUGUCCGUCAGGUCCCCCCUCCCUCGUUCAUUUAUUUCAUUGAUUCUGACUUUCUGUUUAUGGCAUGAUUUCACUGUUGGACCAAUCAGAGGGAGAUUCACGCUGAUUCUUGCUCUAAACUGCAACAGAAUGGGGAUUUCUGUAUUAUUCACUGGUAUGGAUACCACGAUUUCAUUUGUAAAAGUCAGUCUCUUGGAUUUGAUACCACCGCCCCAAAAAACCCUCUUGGGUUUUUAUAUGAGAGGUGAAAAAUAGGCACAUUCUGGUGUAUUAGAAAAAUGUAAAGACAGACAGAAUAAGUAUAUGGUAACGCUUUGUUUUACUGUCUGUUAUCUCCAAGAAGUUUCCUGGUAAACAGUACUUCUUAUAAUUUAUAGAUUUAGACUGUGUGAAUAGAGGGUAUGCACUGACGUCUCUGCCGCCCGGGGCCACGCCCCCUGAGUGGCAAAAACUUUGGUGAAAUGUAGCUGUAAAUACAGGGAGAUCGGGGAAAAUGUGGAUCAUCAGAUCAAAUUAAAGUCAAUUGGACUCGACAGUGAUCCAUAUGAACUAGUAUAGAUUUGGAAAAGUGGAUUAGCUUCAGUUUAAUUUAGUUUUAGGACAUUUCAGUUAUGAUAAAUGUACCUGAAUAAAAGAUGCUAACGCUAGGAGCUUUACCGAGAAGUAACGUUAGUCAUACAAUACUGUAGCAUUAAAAGGAUGACGAGGAGUAUGACUUCAUCCAAAAAAAAAAUAUGAUGAAUGUGAACCACAAAACCAGGUGUCAGUGCCUGGAUUCCAGUUGUUUCUUGGUAGUGCAUCGUUGUAUUUACUUGUCGCUACGCUCGGGAGCCUGUAAAAAUAUAUCUCCCGACCUGCUUUUCAAAUCCGUUGUUACGGAGAAUCACACGACAGCUUCUCCCCAUUAUUUGUAUUUAGCUUUAGAGUUUAGACGCUAUUAAAGCCUAUGAUCCACACUAAUGCGGCUAAUCUCCACGCUCAACUGUCACUUUUUGCCACUCGGCGGCCGUAACCACGGAGACUUCGCUACACGUGACGUCACCUGCAUGCCCUCUGUUAGGUUACCACGGCGACAGUGUGAAACUCGUCAACCAAAACAUCGGACGUAAAGUUAAUUACGUAAGGAGUUAUUCGGAUUAUGUAACAAAGCAAUUCUUCACAGAUAUUCCCAUUUUACUGAAAUUGCAAGUGGCCGUUUUCCAGGAAACCUCUCAGGAAACGAUAAGCGUUAUCAAGUAACCUGAAGUAAUAACAACCGUAAAUCACUUCACUUCCCGCUGGCUGUGAUGUCACAUCUCAGAGUCUGGCUUCUUUUUGUGGCAUUUCAAAUGUUUUCCUGUCUUGUUUGAACACAUGUGAGCUGCAACACUCGACCUUCAGAGGCUGUAUGCUUACCGCCCCCUCCACAUUUCCCACUCCCCGACACGGGCACGCAGCAGGAGUCGUGUUUCUGCAUGUUGAUUCCCUGCCUAGCGCGAGAGAGUCACGUGAAUAAAGUGACCGGUCGUCAGAUGCGGUCUCCCCCAUCCUCAUCACAAAGUUGUCGCAUGGCUAGUAGGGCUCUCUGUUCUCUCAGUCGUAUGAUUUCAUACUUGCUGCUAUUGAAUGAGCACAAAGAGACUUCAAAUGUUGUUUUCUUUGCGGGGGGAUGAUGUCCAUGACAAAAUGGCAGUACACCCUUGUUUUUCCCCCACACCUUUGACAGUCAAAAAGUCCAACAGCAUUACUCACUUUGCACUUGGUUUUUACACAUUCAAGAAAACAAAAUGAAAAAAAAAAAAGAAGAGAUUUUGAAUAUGAUGCCUGCUGAACCAGGUGCCUUAAAUCAAAUACGACACAAAUCUGCACCUCCUGUCAGUCUGGAGGGGGGUUUCCCCACAGAAACAAGGGGGCUGGGUUUCCCAAAACCUAAACUUGAAGUUCAGGAAUGAAAAGCUCUACCUUUAACCCAGAACAUUUUGUAUAAUGAUCAAAGUUUAAGAGCAGUAACACGGCGUUACUGGAGAAGAAGCGUAAAUUGACGACGCGUGAACUGAAUUGAUGCUGUUUUGGGAAACCUGGUUCUGUCUUUAUCUCUUUCUCUGCCCACUACGCCAAGUUAUUUGUGUUUUCUGUAUCGGCUGCUGCUGCUGCUAUCACCGCUGGUGUGUCCGUGUAGCGAAGAGCAAACUUCCACUGUGUCUGAGACAGAGGGAGACUUGGGCCUGCUUUUUACCUGUUACAAUGCAUCCUUCUUCUUCUUCUUCUUCUGCGGUUUCCACACGGAGCACUGUGUUGCUGCCUCUUCAGACCUUUUUUGACACAGAGAAAAAAUAAUAAGACAGAACUUUCCAUUUCUUAACUUUGCUAUUUUGAAGUGCCAGACCCUCCUUGAAGUCAGUGUUGGCACUGAGUCGCAGGUUUGCGAAUGAGGCGACAAACUGAGCAUGGAGGUAAACCGUGGUGCUAAUCUGUCAGUGGCUGGGUGCUAACAUGGCUGUGUUGAAUAGCUGUAUUAGCCAUAUUAUUCCUUCUGUUGAUGACUCUGGUCAGUCUCGUGUUUCUGACUGCUGCACUGCUGUACGCUGACGCAGCGAGGUGUAACUCCGCUGCUGCUGCUUUGCUGAUGAAUGUAGACUAGUCUUCCCCAGCAGGAUCAUACGGACAGACAAGAGUGUCUGGUGGAGCUUUUCCUGUUGUUUCGACUCUGUUCUGAAGCUCACAGUUCCGGAUCCUGUCGCCGGGAUCCGGAAAGAUCAUGAAUGUCGUAUCUUUAAAUAACCGCUGUCCUGCUUAUGUGUUUAAAACCUUUAUUUUUUAUUCAUAUUAUGGUUUGAUAUUUAUGCUCUAUCAAAUGUUGCACAUUUUUAUUAUUAUUAUUUUUUUUCCUAGAUUAAAUUUUGAUCCCAGUGUUCAUACCA